AUGAGUGGACCAGCUUUUGAAAAGAAGCUCACCAGCAUUUUGACUGACCUCCCAAACUCUAUGAGCUGCCACCCUGCAUCCAAAGACUCUCCAACCUUGCCCGAGUCCUCAGCCACAGAUAUGGGUUUCUACAGCGGACAGACGGGGCACAGCCAACAUGAGUACUAUCAGAGCCAGACGUACUCACAGUCUAUGAACCCCUACUCGUACCACCAGUUUAACCUGAAUGGAAUGGGGGGCCCGGGGGCUUACCCCACAAAGUCAGAAUACCCCUACAGCAACUCAUACAGGCAAUAUGGACAUUAUAACAGGGAGCUACAGACACCACCCCAGGACAUUGUGAAAGAGGAGCCCGAGCCCGAAGUGCGCAUGGUGAACGGGAAGCCGAAGAAGAUCCGCAAGCCGCGCACCAUCUACUCCAGCUACCAGCUUGCUGCUCUGCAGCGGCGUUUCCAGAAGGCGCAGUACCUCGCUUUGCCCGAAAGAGCGGAGCUCGCGGCGCAGCUUGGACUCACGCAAACGCAGGUAAAAAUAUGGUUUCAGAAUAGACGAUCCAAGUUCAAAAAGCUUUACAAGAAUGGAGAAGUCCCCCUGGAGCACAGCCCAAAUGCUAGUGACUCCAUGGCCUGCAACUCACCACCUUCCCCAGCUGUUUGGGAGAGUAACUCUCACAGCAACCCGGCUAGCAGGGGGCCGCUUCCACAGCCACAGCUCAGCUCAUCACCCUCCUAUGUGGAAGACUACAGCAAUCAUUGGUACCAGCAAGGAUCACAUUUACAGCACCCAGGCGCCGUGCAUCAUACGCCACCACCGCCGAGUGUGGGGGCUGUGUAUUAAUAAAGACUAGCCUGCAGAGACUCUUGAACUUGGUUUCUUCGUCAUUAUCAAUAGUCCAAAAAAUAAGCUGACACCGGGAGUAUCCAUAGUGCAAGAACGUUUGUGUCUAUUUUUGUUUUUAAAUUGAACCAUGACAACCAUGCUUGAAAUGUCAGGGAAGCCCAUCACUGUAUUACAAUAACACUCCAGAACCUACUAACACUUUUAUUUUCUAGCACAUAACACAUGUACAUUUAUUUCACAUUCUUACUUGUAACAUUUACGCAAGGUAUGGAGUAAUU